CCUAUCAAGUAUAGAGGAGUGAGACGACGGCCUUGGGGGAGAUACGCUGCGGAGAUACGCGACCCUUCGAAACGAACUCGGCUCUGGAUUGGAACGUUUGACACGGCGGAGGAAGCUGCUAUUGGUUACGACAAAGCCGCGAUUCGUAUCAAAGGACGUAACGCCUUGACGAAUAUUCUGACGCCUCCUUCUAGUCCGAUAACUCCGGUGAUCGACCUUGAAACGGUCUCACGUUGUGACUCGGCGAGGGAAGAAUCACAAUACAGUAUUUCUUCACCUACUUCUGUUCUAAGGUUUACUCCCAAGGAAGAGACAGAACCUAACAAUCUCUUGUCGGCUGAGUCAAAGGCUGUCGAUGAAAAAAAUCCGGCGGGUUUUUCCUUACCGGAUCCGUUUUUCUUGCCUGAACAGUUUCCAUGGAAUUCCGAUAUUACCCCUGAUCCUUUUUUUCUAGACGAUAUCCAGUUAUUACCGAACAGUAACACAAACUUGUCGGAGAGUUUUCCUUUAGGUGUGAUCGGCGAUUUGAGCUCUUGCUCGUGGGAUGUUGAUGAGUUUUUCCUUUAG